GUUUCAGCUACGCGCUCAUCUUUAGGUGCCACAGUUAGUGCGUCUGAACGCGAAUCUGCUACUACUGCCUCAGUGGAAUCCACUGAGACCACAACAACGCCAUCAGAACCGAGUGUCUCAUCUAGCGGAGCUCCUCUCGAAACUUCCGAAACCUCUGAAACAACUGCAGCUGCUGCUGGUGUGGAAUCGACGGCGGAGCACUCUCUGAAGACACUGCUAAUCAAACCGUCCGAAUCCGCCGCCGAUUCGCACCAAUCAAAUGAAUUUACUGGGGAGAGGUCUACUGAAACUACGCCGCUGCUGUUUGAAGCCUCUACAAGCCUGCCCGUUGGACAGGAACAAACCACUGAGCCUACUGGGUCGUUUACACAUGAAAUUCCGGACGAAGAGGCGGCCGAGUCACCCGAAGAUGUCAUUUCAGGCAUUCCGACUGGUGCUCCGGGCGUUGAUGAAGCUACAGCUGAAGUGUGGCACGUUAAAACGACGGAAUCACAGGGCUUUGCGGGUGAAACGGGCACAGAAACAGUGGAAACAGGGCACAGCGAUAUGGGUUUCCGUGAAUUCUUCCACCAGUCCACUGUAGAACCACAUCAA